CCGUAAAUGCGCAACAUAUAAACAUUUAAACAUUCAAACAUUUAAACAUUAAGAGAAAUGCCAAACCGUCGACUUGAAUCUUAGACCUCACUUCGCUCGGUCAACAAUUAAAAUAUUCAGAAAAUGGAAAACAGUUCAUUGCCCAAACUUCUUCUAUUUCGUAAUUAGAAUUUUUAAAAAUUUCUUGAAAUAUUCAUAAUAAACAAGUAUUAGUUUUGUCUUAGUUCACGUCGUAACUUUUGUCUCAUAAUAAUUGUUUUGUUAUUUUUGAUUGGGUGUAGAUUUAAUGGUGCUUUCUUAUAGUUGUGUUCAAAUAAUAUUAUUCUUCGUGACAGAAUAAUAAAAACUUAUGAACACAAAUAAUAAACGCGAAUAGUUAUUGUAAAUACGAAGAAUUAACAAUGAAGUAAACUAAUACAUCACUUCUUACAUCUAUUUAUUUAUGUUACAAAUUAUACUGAUGAUUAUUAAUUAAAUUUUAAGGCAAUCCUCGUGUCAUCAAUAAAAAGAAAAACUUGAGUUCAGCAACAGAGUAACAUUAUUAAAUAGAUGUCUAAUAUCAAUUAGUUAACCCUUAUUAGAUCAGCUAAGCAAAAAUUCCACAAUUAAUGAUCAAUUAGGUUUCACCAAUUAUUAGCAUUGGAAAAUGAAAUUUUCAGCUUUCCUUGCAUACUUCUCAGGAAAACUGUUGUAUUUUGGAAGGGAACUCAUCUCUUAGAAGAGAACUUAUGAGUUUUCAUGAAGAAACAGUGUCACUAUCCUUCCCCUUUUUGAAUAUGCAUUUAUUGUAUCUCGUAAUAUACAUAUUUCAACGUGAAGUUGAAUAGGAUAUUGAUCAGUGAAUGGAAAACCAUGAAACUUUUGUCAAAGCAAUUAAUAAGUCAUCCAUGCUCCUUAUUUAGAAAAAUUUCUUUGCUCUUUUUCAAGACUCUCAUCCCCAAUUGCACAAACUCAGUAGUUUUGAUUCAUACUACUUAUAAUUUAUAUACUCUAUUACUUAAUUCAAGGGUCAUCCCAAAAAGCUUACAAGAAAAUUCAAUAGGAAACAGUCAUAUUCUUUAGUUCCAAUUGCUCUCUACUUUUAGUCGUUUUACGUUUAGUCUACCGUAGCCUGUGCUCAGACUUGCCCAGUACAAAAUGCAACAAUGGAACUGUACCAUAUACCCAUUCACCAUAUAUUAUUAUUAUUCAUUUAUAUUUAAAGUAGAAUUUAUACUCAUUUUAAGGGCAUAAUUUUAGUCUAGAAUAAUAUUUUUGUCCUUUUUACUGAUACUUUUUACAUUUGAACUGUAAAUUAGUCUUUAAUUUUGCUAAGGUUAAGUAUUAUAAUAUUUAUGUUGACAUGUCUUCUAAAUAUAAUUUUUAAUGUUCGGGCUAAUUAGUAUGUAAUACAAUUAUGACUUAGAAUAUUGUCAAUGUUCUCAGGUAUUUAUGUAAUUAGGCCUACCUAUCAUUUAUUUAUAGAAAAGUUCCUUAUCAUUCAUGAUACAGUAAUAAUAUAAUUUAUUUAUAGAAAAGUUCCUUAUCAUUCAUGAUGCAGUAAUAAUAUCAUUUACAAAUCGAAGAUAAUAGAUAAUCCAAUUAAUUGUAAUGAUGAAACAAUGUGUUUUAUAGAUUUGAUAAUCUCCUGGUCAUAGGUAAUAAUAUCUUUAUUCGUGAGCUUCAUACAGUCUUGAUAAUACAACUUAGAAGUUUUUAAUAAACACUUUGCAAAGAAAGAAAAUUAUGAGAAACUCUAACUAAAAAAUAAUCAAAUACUGAUAAAAUUUAGUAUCUUCCUUAUCUACCUCAAUGAAAUUGCUAACAGUUCAUGAAGUUUCAAAGAAAAUAGUUUUGAUAGUUUAUUUGUAAAAUAUCUAAUAUUGGAAAUUAUUAUUUUCCUAUUCGAUUUAAACGCUCAUUAUCUUAUUCACUGAGUUUUAUUAAUAAAACUCAUUACUUAAUUUAAUCAUUAGUGUUUGGAAAAUAAUGAAGUGACAUGGUUUUUUGAAUGUUAAAUCUUUCCACUAUGAUCAUUUUUUUAAUUGUGACUUAUGUGUGUAUAAAAUUGUAAACUUGAAAUUUUAUAGCAUGGUGUAUAACUGAUAAUAAUAUAUACUAGAUAUAACGUUUAAGUAUGACAAUAUGAAUUGUUUUAUUGUAUAAUUUUAAAAUUAUUGGAUUUCUUCAUUGUUAGAAAUCACUUGUAUAGUUGAUGUAUAUUUUUAUACUGUUUUCGAUUGAUUGAAUCACCGCUACAAUAUUGUUCAAUUUGUUUUUAGAAAUUAUUUUUGAAGAAUUUAUGGUGAUUAAAAGAGGAUUGAACAAUACAUUGUUAUUCAUUUAUGAAAUUCUAUGCUAUGUAUACAUUACUCAGUAUAGGCAUACAUUCAUUCUGUAAAAUUAACUUAUGUUCUGUUUAAACUAGAAUGACCAAAUGAAACAGAAUUGAUUCCAUGAAAGUUUCAGUGUCUUGACUAUUAGUCUGCGUAAUUCAUCAAGUUCUUCUUAACAAAGCCAAAGCCGAAGAUUGGAAUGUGUAUGAAACUGAAACAAUAUGGUUGAACGAGGACAGUGGUGGUGGUGGGGCAUUCCUGUACAACUGCGGAGACUGUGGACUGAACUUUGAGACUCGACUGGCUUUGAUGAAGCACCAACUGGACAGAUGUGACAUGCAUUACUCCAUUUUGCGAUCUGCUCUCCUUGGCCCCACGCCUUCUCCAUAGCAAAUGAAAAUAAGGAGCUAGCAAAAUGUGUUUAUUCAAUAUAGUGUUAAUUUGUUCAUAGAACAUAGUCCUGAUAUGAUGGAAAUAUGAUCAUACAGACUAUAGUGAGAUUUACAUCAAACUGUGAGAAUUAGUUUGAUGAGAAGCAUAGCAUGGUUGUUAUCGAUAAGUACGCAACAUGAAAAAACAAUUAUUAGCAAGGAGUGAAAGCGACUCAUCAUGUGGAAUGUAUUUUUGUGAAAAGUGCGGCAAAGAGUACAAAUCGAAAGGCACUAUGAAAAGGCACAUGACGGUGGAGUGCGGAAAAGAGCCCAACUACUCUUGUCCAAUCUGCAGGCACAAGUUCUAUUACAGGGAUAAAUGUCUACAGCAUAUAAGAUUGGUGCAUCGCGAUCUCAACUUGUUUCCUAUGGAAGUUAUCCUCCCAAAGGACAAUGAUGAAUUGAGCAAGAUGUUGUUACUGAGCUGCGAUCCGCCUUCCAGAGUCAUUUACCCCGACAAGCCAAAACAGGCGAAACCAGUGGAUCGCCGCCACCAAUUCCUGCCCGAAAUGGAAAAAUUCCAGUGCAAUUCCUGUGGACGCUCGUACAAAUGGCGGCAGAGUCUCGAGCGGCACCUGAAGCAUGAGUGCGGCAAAGACCCGGUUUACUCGUGUUUGCAGUGCAAGUUCCAGGCCAAACACAAGACCAGUCUGCAGCGACACUUUGAGUCUUUCCAUGCGGCCUGCCUUAGCACGCAGCCGCAGUGCAAUUUCUGUGGACGCUCGUACAAAUGGCGGCAGAGUCUCGAGCGGCACCUGAAGCAUGAGUGCGGCAAAGACCCGGUUUACUCGUGUUCGCAGUGCAAGUUCCAGGCCAAACACAAGACCAGUCUGCAGCGACACUUUCUGUCUUUCCAUGCGGCCUGCCUUAGCACGCAGCCGCAGAUCAUCGUGCAGCAACCGAGGAGCAAUGAUGGCAACAAUAACAGUGGAAACCGGGUGGCGAUUGCCAGUCAGCGAAGCGAGGCUGAGCAAACAUCAAGCUGCGAUAACAUAAAUAGUAGGAAUCAGCUGGGAGGCGCUGGUCAGGAAAACACGUCUGAUGGAAGGUUGAACUGUAUUGAUCCUGGUGAACAUGGCACGAAUGAUUUAAUAAACAAGAAAAUAUCUGGUCAACAACAGGAUUGAUGGAUUGUUAUUUCAAUAAACUGAAUUGAAUGUACCGUACUAUCUGAUGAAACUGAAUUUUUCUCUCUUGACCUAUUUUGAAGAGCUUUCUCUCAUUCUUAUUUUAUAAUUACAGUUUAUUUGAAAUUCAAUUAUCAUCAAUUCCAUGGUAAAAUAGUUUGUAAAUCUUUCGGUUAUCAGAGUCCUAAAUCUCUUCAAAAAUUGUGUGAUAGGUUGUUUGAAGAAUUUCAAUUUUUGACAGAUUGGCAUUUUUGUGAUUCAAUAUCAAUUUUCUUUUAUGUGAUUCGAUUGAAAUUUUGAUUGUUUAUAAAGGGGUUUUAAAAUAGUAAACUGGGAUCAUCCAUAUUGGGAUAUAAAUAUAAUGUAUUUCAUUUGUAGGCUACACGCUACAUUGUUCUUAGAAUAAUUUCAUCUAAUGAAGCUUGUUAUAUUUUUCUAUUCUAUUAUACUUUUCCUGUAGAAAAUAUAAUUUCUAACCAACUCGAAUGAAAUUGGUACUGAUAGUGAUGUAUGAUUCUCAAUAUUCUAUUUUAUUGUUUGCUCUGCACUAUGUAUUCCUCAUUCUCAGCCUCUGACAGUAGAUAAAAAAUGAUACUCAAUUGCCAUGGAAUCCAAUGAAUCUCAUUCACCCCUGGUCAACAAUCUAGUCUGAUAUUCAUUAUAAUUUAUUCUUAUUGAAAUUAGAGAAUCAUUGUUAAAUACGAAAAAUUAUUUGAUGUGAUUCUCCAACUAACCGAUAUUUUCACUGACAAAAUAAGAAUUCAUUCUAUCUUUUAUGAAUAUUGAUUAUCACUUUCUAAAAUCGGAUAUUAAAGCUACCAAGUUGACUUAUAAAAUCCUAUAUUUAUCUUUCUGAUGCUUUUAAUAACUAUGACAAUAAUUGUACUGUGUACGAACGAUAUGAAAAUAUUGGACAUAUUAGUUCCAAAUCAGUCAUAAUUUAUUCUAUGUAUUAACAUGAUAAUUUAUUGUAUACAUUAUAUAUUUUGUUGAAUUUAUAUGAAUUAAGAAAUUAUUUCUGCUCAACUCAAAUGAGAGUUACCUAUGCAUGUGCCAAAUUUGUGUUGCAUUUGAUGUCAAAUUACCUAUUUAGUAAUAUUUUAUCUGAUCAUUGGAAUUGUUAAAAUGCUUCUUAGUUUUUUGACUAUCUCUAUUUGAAAAUGUUGCAACUUAUCAAUGAAGUUUAUUCCUCAUAAUACCUAUUAGAAUAAUGUUGAUAACGUUAUUGAAUAUUUGAUAUUUUAUUAGAAUAGAAUAUUUUCUACAAUAUCAAUAAAAAUUCAGAACAGACUGCUAGUUGAAGAACUGCACUCAAAUCACUUUUACAAUGAAAACACAACUAGUUCCCAUGAGUGCUAUGUCGUUGUAAAAGUGCUUCAAGUGAUUCAUAAAAUACUAUUUCUAUCAUUUCUGAUUAGUUUUUUAUUAGUUUGUGGCAUUUAAAAAUGAAACUUUUUCUAAAAUUAUCAAGAAAACUCAUACAUUUUAUCUAUUAUACCUUCUUCAAGAUGAUCAAAAAUGAUUUUAAGUUUAUUUUCAUGGUUAGUUUAGUGUUUGUUCAAUUAUUGAUUUAUUGUUUGAAAUGAAUGCCAACCUCUCAUAUCGAUCAUGGUGAACUAGAAUUGUUUCUAUCGAUGUCUAAAUAAAUUAUUGUGGGAUCUUCGGGGUUUUCAGGGGUGAUUUCUUUUCUUAUGUUAUUUGUUAUUUAUUUAAUGUGGUUGAUAAUAAAUUUGAAUGUUUUAAUGUUUUUCUAUCAUUGUAGCCUACCUCUUCAAAUACCUUAUUUUCUGAAUCGAAUGAUAAUGAUUUAUUGUUUGAGUGUAUUCUAGGUCCUUCAUGUCAUAAAUUCUCGAAUUGAAACGGAAAGAACUGACACAAUGAAGUAUAGUAACACUAUCAAGGAAUAGAUGGCUGACACUACUGCUCGAUCUUUGAGGUAGUGUCUGACUCUGAUCAGACUUAGUUAUAUAUCUUAAUAUGUUUAUGUAGUUUCUAAGCAUUCCAUGUUGAUUAAAAAUAUUCCCAACAACUCAUUACAAAUAAGGAGCUUAUUAGAAGCUAUAUUACUAUUUACAAAUAUAGGAGCUUUAUUACAGAUUUAUUUUCAAUUCACUUGAUGUUUUCAUUUAGUUCUUUCACCAUUCAUUACUUGUCAAUCAGACCUGUCAAUAACUAAUAACUAAUUUUAUUGUCAAUAACUAAUUUUACCAGUUGAAUCUUAUAUUGGCAAGCCUAUCUAGUUAUUAUGUAUUCUGUGCACGUCGAAAGCUACCAACUAAUUUUAACAGUUGUAUUUUAUUCACUUGAUAUGCUGAUCUAGUUUUUAUACCUUCUUUCGAUCCCAAUGUCAAACAACUCAUUUAUUUCACACAUUGAAAAACAAACAAUGCAUAAAUAAAAAAUGAAUUAUAUUGAAAUAAUCUCAUCAAAUUUGUACAAUUCAUUUUAUUUAUUCAUCCAGUUUUCUUUAUACUUUCACGAUCCUACCUUUCAAUAACUAACUAUUUCACUGGAUAACUUCAUAUUUAAUUUUCUACGCGUUCCUUCCUAUCUCUAGGUUUCUGAAAACCUCUCAACUACGUAUUUCCCUUGAUAACUCCGUUUAUAAUUUUAGACAUGUGUUCUAUCAAUCUUGCCUAUCGACUUUUAAUUUUGUUCACUUGAUCAAAAACAAAUCCAAUCAAGUUGAUAACUACUUAUUGCCACUGAUCACACCUUCCAGCUACUAAUUAUUUGAGCGGUCGGGCUUGGGUGGGUGUGGCCUACUAACACUGGUCUGGUUGCAGGCAAGGUGCUGGGUUACUGGUGCGCCCGCUGCCUGCGCGUCUACCGCUACAAGAAGACGCUGUCGCGGCACAUGCGACUCGAGUGCGGCGUGGCGCCCCAGUUCAAGUGCUCGCAGUGCACCUACCGCGCCAAGCGUCACGACCGCCUGCUCGUGCAUCAGGCGGUGCGCCACGGAUUCGCGUGACCCCGGAGGGAUGCUAUAGUGAGCUCCACCUUAUAAUGGAUCAAUAUUGGUGUUGCUAGGCUGACAGUAAUAUCCUUUUCUAGCUCCGCAACGUUGUCGAAUCGUUUCUCAACAAUUUAGAUACAUAAUUAAUUAACAAAAUAUUCAAACUCAAUCAUGAAAAUUUAUUGAGUGCCGUUUGCACAGUGGCAGUUUAAACUAAAUUUCAUUUUCAACAGGAUUAAAACCAUACCACGAAUCGUUCCAUUUAAUGUGGCUCAUUUUGAGUUAAAGUCACCAGCUGAUCAAAUUCAGUUAAUGCUUUGACUGUGCAAAUGGCCCUAAAUCAUUGAACAAUAUAUAUUUUAUUAAUGAAUCAAACUUGAUUGAUCAUUUUAAACAAGAAUGUACAGUUCAUAUUACAUCAUAUUCACCAUUAUCAGCUAUACUUCAUAGAAGGCAGAGAUUCGGCAUCCCUGUUCUCCCAUAUCUCUCCACUGUCAUUAUAAAGUGAUUCUCACUUUAGCUGAGGUACCAGCUGCCGAAAUGAUGGUUAGCGGUGGCAAGAUUAACUGAAAUCGGCAGAAACCCAACUGUAGUCAUCUAACAACUCGACUGAAAUUAGCUGAGAACUCUAUUGAAAUAAGCAAAAACUUCCUAUUAAAUCAGUUGAUAACUUCAUUGAAAACUCAACUUCCAAUGAAAGUAGCCAAUGAAAUUAUUUUACUGUUGAUGGAGCAUAAUGUCUAUAGAGAUACAUUUCCACAGGACCUUGAUGGAGCAUGUUUCUAUUUGGGGCCUUUACAUUGGGAAUAAUUUACAGUUUGUUCAAAUAGGACUUGAGCAAUUUGAGGACGGAUUUGGCUUCUCAACAGUGAAAUUGGCGAUUUCAAGUUUCAAGUUUAGGAUAUUGUUCAAACUUGCAGAAAGAAAUCAUCAAUGUUCCGUACCAGACCAACAAGUUUACCAAAUAAAUAACUUGAUAUGAAUUCACUGAUGAAUUUAACCAGGUUUUAACAAUGCUUUUCUAUCUUUGUGUACAAGUAUGAAUAAUAAUCACAAUAGAAAACAUAAAAUACAUGGUUCAUAAAAAUGUAUUAUGUAAAUAAAUAUCAUAUGAAUGUUCGAUGGUAAGCUUUUUACAACUAAAUAUUAUUAAAUCACUGAAAUUAUAAAUUUAUUGUAGGAAUAUUUUUUCUAGUCAUAAAUAUAGUCUAGUAUUCAAUAGUAUUAUUGUUAUUUGUGUAAAGAUGUUGUUAUAGUCCUCUAUCAAGUGAACCAUUCACAUUCUGUUUAAAAAUUCAAAUUAAGCGUGAUUUUUGAUGCUACUAAAAAAAAUGUAUGAAUACAAAUAUAAAUCUGAGUACUUUUUAAAAUUAUUUUACUUUUAAAAAGUAGCUCUAAAGAUAAAAGACGAUAAAAUAAUGUAAUAUGCAGUAUGUAUUGUUAAACAUUAAAUGCAUAUGAAAAACUCAGUCAAUAAAUAUUAUUUCGGAUUUUUUCAAUCUA